CCUGAAUGGAAGGAAGUGCCCUUCCUCCUGGUGUGGAGUUGUGAAAGGUCCGAAUUCAGUCUGUUGUACACGCGAUUGACUCAUCAGCAACUGUCCAAUUGUCGCAAGCGAGUCUGAUUCACUCGUGUGUUUGUUUAAACACCAGCCAUGUACUCAUCAGCCACCCAUCCCACACCACAGGCAGACUCGGACAUCCAUGCUCAUCCGAUUCAAACUAGCUAUCAACACCAUCGCCACCAGUGGGCGGUCUGGUCGGUCGAUCAAAAACAUACCAUCACACACACACACACACACACACAAACGCGCAGGCAGGCAGGCAAGUGCCGCGACGAUGCACGGCACUUCACACGACAUGAGCGCUAGGUAGGUCACUCACAGGCACACGCAGCAAGCAAGACAUGAGCGUUAUAUUGGGAUACGGCACGGAGACAGACACAUGGAUAGGUUUACACCCUCACCUCUCCUCUCUUCACUGCUGCUGAAACGAGGAAGGAACUCGUAGAAAGUUGGUUGACGUGGAAGGAAGGCAGAGUACAUCAGACAGACAAGCCAAACUCACAGGGAGGCAAUCCGCUUCUCCCCACCCACACCCCCCACCCCCUCCCACCCUCCCUCCCCUCCCCCCACAAGUCAUGUGUGUGUCACGAAUACGGUUUCCGUAGUGACGUCACGCAGGCAGCCAGACAGGCAGAGGCAGAACCAAGGCUAGAGAGAGACAGACAGACGGACAGCCAUCCGUGCAUGAGGCAGCAGAAGGCAAAAAAUGGCACCACAUGCAGCCAGACAGACAGGCAGGCAGCCAUGACCCACCCACAAAACACUCACUGAGGAGGAGGUUGGAGGGGGGAGCAAGGCACGGCACAGACACACCCAUCUGCAGUGUACACAAUGGAGAAGAUCAAAACUGGGUGCUCGUGUCAGCGAAUCGCAAUACUCAGGCAGAAUGCACUGGCUCGUCCAUCAACCAUGCAGGCCUCGGUCCUUCGCCCUCCCUCAGCACACCCUCACAAAACAAAUCGAGUGCGACUUGUCACGUGGAGGUACGCAGAGAGUGCAUCAAGGAGCCUGGGACCAAGAGCAGAUGGCGAGUAGAUGGUCAAGAAACUCACGCACCGACAACACAACCAGUUACACAAUACCCAUCCAACCUCCACCUCCCACCCACCCUACCAGCCAUCUCUCUCUUAAAAGACGGCCACCGAGUGAUGGUUGUUGUGCCCGUGGCCGAAAAAGUUGUGCUGCGCGCCACGCCACCCCUCGUCAUACUGCCCAUACUGGUCGUAGGACGGCGGGGCAGGCGCAUCAUACUGAUACCGAUCACCGUAGCCCCCCUGAUGGCCCCCCCAGUGUCCAUACCCCCCGUCAUGCUGGUGCUGGAAGCCGCCGCCCUGGUGGUGGCCGUAGUCGUACCCUCCCUCCAUGUGGCGUGGGCCCCUGCCACGGCCUCGCCCCCUCCUCGGCUUGGCGUGCAUGCCCCUGCCCUUGGGCGAUGUGAUGCUGCCGUGCUGCGGGUGGAUGGAUGGGCUGUUGGGGUUGGGGGCGAUGGGAGAGGCCUUGUAGUAGAGGACGUUGAUGGACUUGAGGUGGGCCUGCAUCUCUGGGUCGAUCGGUACGUGCACGUCCCAGGUGCGGGCACGCUCCAUGUCCAACGGACCGGGAAUCUCAAUACCUGCAGCAGGAGACGAACGAACCAAGACAGAGACACAUGCGACCAUGUCCCUCCAUAUCUCUCUCUGUCCGUGUUAAUGUGUGUGAGGGUGUGUGUUCUCACCGUCGAUUUGUGGCGUGCUGUGCUCUUGCUCUUGCUCCUGCUGCUGGAUCUCGCCGCUCUCCUGAGGCACUUCACAGGCCUCAUGCACCGGCUGCUGCACGUCAUAGCUGCCGUCAUAUCUGCCGUCAUAGCCACCCUCAUACCCGCCCUCCUGCUGUUGCUGGUACCCAUAGCCCUCAUGCUCGUCAUAGCCGUAGUUGCCGUAGUCGGGCUGGCCAUACUCGUACUGCUGCUGGUGGUGCUGGUACAUGGCCAUGGGCAUGGGCGUCACGGGCGUCAUGGGUGGGGCAUUCAUGUGCUUCUCCUGCGCCUGGUUGCUGAGGUAGUAGUUCUCGCUGUCGUCGACCUUGAUGGGGUUGCCAUUCGCAAACCGAUCAGUGUCGAUGUGCACAAAACCUGACACACCCAUCACAUCACAUCACAUUCAGUGAGGCACUGCAGGUGUGUCACGUCUGUCACGUCCCCCCCCUCCCCCCUCUGUGUAUCGCUGCUGCGCUCACCGUUCUUCCAGUGAAGGCCGAACAUGCGUGUCUCGCGGCGGAUGACCUGACGCACCUUCUUCUGCAGCCGGAUGGCCUUCAGCAGAUGGAACUGCUGCGGCGCCAGCGACGGGAUCUGAAUGCGCGGAUCCGCCAGGCCGACGAACGUGGGAGCAAACACGGUGCCCGGCGCGCCUGCAGGACACCAGCCAGAGAAGAGACACCCGAUCAUCCCGUGCCAUGCAUCGUUCCGUGUGUCAUGUGAUGUCCGCCUCUCUCUCCCUCUCACCCGGUGCAUUGGCGAAGCCGUCCUGAGAGCCGGUAUGGCUCAUGCGGGAAGACAACUCAGGGCUGGUGGGUCCACAACCGUACGUCAUCUUGCUUGCUUGCUUGCUUGCUGAAUCAGUGCUUCUAUGACUCUGCUCUGUCGCUCAAUAAGCAAGCGGCCGACGAAUGGACGGACGACACGGAACAGAGUUUCGAAGACGUGGGAAACAAUCGAUGACACCUUGCAAGAACUACA